GUGUGAACUUUUGUUACUGUAAACGUUUAAGUGUUUCAUGUUUAUUGCGGCUCGAUUCCAAGAUUUAGUGAACGGAUUAGUACACCAUGGAACUGGGGUUUAUAUAUGACCAUUUCUUCGUAGCACUUCAUAUAAUGUGCUACUUGCUACCAGCCUCUUCGUACGCAUCAAGUAUAGAGGUACAUCAGCAUAUGUCCCAAGACGAACUGGUGGAUAUUUUUGGAGUUAAAUCGUAUAGCGAAGUUCCCGAGUACGAGAUCGUUCAGCCAAUCAGAGUGCAGAGACAUCGGCCAAGUCUGUCACGUGAUCAAACUUCCGGCCAAUCGCGUCACAGUGUUGGAGAACGUUCAUACCUCAUCCGAGCGGUCGGCAAAGAAUAUAUGCUCGAUUUGGAGCCGGAUAAUAACGAUGUCUUUCCUGAUCAUCUUGUCAUUCACCACUGGCAUAGCACCAACCUUACGUCACUCAGAGCUCAACGUUUACACCGUAACCAUGGAUACUAUAUUGGUCACGUGAGAGGCCGAGAGCUCGAUUCUAUGGUGUCUUUGAGCGAACAAGAUGGAAGCCUAUUGAAUGGUCUUGUAGCGAGUAAGGACUUGGACUUAUUGAUAAGACCAGUUCCUGAAAAAUUUCGUCACCUCGUUGGGGAUUUUCGCCCCGGUGAGCAGGAGGAGCAACAAGAGGUAUGGUCGCCUCCCCAUCUCGUAUUCAAACGCCAGGAAAGAAAGACGUGUGAGACAGGACCUACGAAUGAGGAUCAAGAAGAAAGUCGACGAUUGGACAUGCGUUCGAUACCACAAGAGCAUGAUCGGAAAUACAUCGAGGUGAUGAUCGUAAGCGAUUCAACCAUGUUUGAGUACCAUGGCAACGAAUUGGAGAAUUAUCUCAAGACCAUCAUGUCUAUUGCGGCUAAUACAUUUCGGAGCCCUUCAAUUAUGGUUAAUAUUUCUCUGCAUGUCGUUCGCUGCUUGGUGCUAGAGGCAGUAGAGGUCGAUCCCAUGAUCGUACCGGACGCUCAAACAUCAUUGCGUUACUUCUGUGACUGGCAGAAACGAGUUUAUCCUGAAAAUGUAGGGGACCCUGAACACUUUGAUGUAGCGACAUUGAUAACGAGGCACGACCUUUCGAGGAAAGACAUCUUCACAGGGUCAACUGUACAUGGCGUUCUUGGGCUUGCAAACAUGGCGUCGGCUUGCGUCAGAUCGAGACGGUGUUCAAUCGUUGAAGAUAACGGUCUAGCAACAGGUCUAACGGUGGCACAUGAAAUAGGACACGCGCUGGGUAUUGGGCAUGACGGCGCCGGAAACAGUUGCCCGACCUCAGGUCACAUCAUGGCCUCUGUGACGUCGUCGGGAGCCGGUGCCUACACCUGGUCGGAAUGCAGUGUCAGAUAUCUGAAUUCGUUUCUCAGGUCACCAAUAUCACACUGUCUUAAUGACGAACCGGAAAUGAACAAGAACCUUUCACUCUACCGAGGUUGGCGACCGGGUCAACUCUUUCACCGUAACGAGCAGUGUAAAUUCCUCUAUGCAGAUAGCAGUGGGGCUUGUUCACAUCGACAGACGGACUGUGCGAAGCUAUGGUGCAUGAGAACGAAAGAUGGUAAGAAAAUCUGCAGCACCAACCGCUCACCACCGGCAGACGGCACUGAAUGCGGUGACGGAAAGUGGUGUAUUAGUGGACAGUGCGUUUCUUACGGAGACGAAGGCCCCGAACCUAUUCAUGGCCAAUGGUCCGAAUGGGAGCCGAUGUUUUCCGAUUGUUCCCGAACUUGCGGCGGAGGGAUCCGAAGGAAACGUCGGCAUUGCAAUAGUCCAACACCGUCUUUUGGCGGGUACCACUGCCAAGGAGAAGAUACUGAAAUAGAAACGUGCAACGUGUUUAACUGUCCCGGUUCCACCCAGUACCAGUUUGCAGAAGAACAGUGUGGAUCCCGAGAUGAUAUUCCUUACAAAGAUCAGCUCACAACGUGGUUGCCUUAUACAGAUAGAAGCCAAACGUCUGGUGAUGAUUUCUGCCAGCAUAACUGUGUGUCGUAUGGGCUCAGUAAAGUGGUCAAGUUUGGUCAGUUUACAGACGGCACUCGAUGCGAUGUUCUCAAUCCAUUAGAAGACAAAACGGCCAUAUGCGUUGAAGGCGAGUGUAAGCAUUUCGGAUGUGAUCUCGAGGAAGAUUCUGAUCGACGUUUUGAUUCUUGUGGAGUUUGUGACGGAGAUAACUCAACAUGCGAGAUACAGACUGGUGGUGUCAGUCACCCUCCCGCGUUUUAUGAUUAUACUAAUCUUUUGGAGAUCCCGAUAGGUUCCACUUAUAUCAACAUCACACAACCGUGCGGAGAUUGUCAUUUCGCAUUGAUCAUAGAAGACCAAUACGUCAUCGGUGGCGCAGGAGAAAGGGGGAAGUCCCGUGCGUACUCGAUGGGGGAUGACGUCAUAUCUUACGUAGGUGGAGAUGGGGAAAGUAUCCAAAUCAGGGGACCGACCAGCUCAAAAAUAACUAUACAGGUUUACGCGUCUACAUACCAUGUUUUAGAUGAUGCCAAGAAGAGCUCAGAAGCGCGCUGGGUUUUCUUCAAACCGAUUCAAGAUAGACCUGCAUACCGAUGGAGCAUCAUUGAUACACCUUGCAGCAAAACGUGUGGUUACGGACUGCAAAUGCAAGAAGUUAUCUGUACCGAGCUUGGGCUUGUUGGAACUCUGGAUGGUAGAUCUGUUGAGCCUUUUCAUUGCUUGCAUCUCAAGAAGCCUGAACCAGUUACAAAACCGUGCAACGAGUUUAACUGCCCCCACAAGUAA